AGAAGCCGUCGAGGCGAACGGCGAAAUGAAAUUUUUGGGUGAUUAGUUUGUGAUAUUUUUUUAUAAGUUUUGUGUUUGAUAGAAAAAAUUAGUGUGUUGGAUAAGUUAUUGUUAAUUGAUUAUUUAAUUUGAAGAAAGAAUUCAAAAAUGAAGUUAAUAGUUUUUCUCUUCCUGACGACGGCUGCAUUAGCUGCAAAAUCCACCGAAAAUUGCGUAUGGUACGAAGAAUGUACGAACGUUGGUGGCAGGGGCAAAAAUUGCCCAUCAAAUCCUCCACAUGGACCCAAACUUCUGGAAGAUGCCGAAGCCUUCAAAAUACUUCAGACGUACUGUCCGGAAUUUAUCAACGAUAAAGGUGAAGCUUAUACUUGCUGCAGUCCUCAAUUGAUCAAAACUAUGGGAACAAACAUCGUUUUGGCUUCAGGAAUUUUCAGCAGAUGCAGAACCUGCAUGAACAAUCUGGUGAAAAGUAUUUGCCAGUUUUCCUGUUCCCCAGAUCAGGCCAAGUGGAUGACCGGCAAUAAAACUGUGAAUCCUGAUGACGGAAAAGAAUACUUUAAAGAAAUGUCCAUUCAAAUCUCCGAAACGUAUGUGAAUGGAACUUAUGAUUCCUGCAAAGGAGUCGUGGUACCUUCAAGUGGAAUGCUGGCCAUGGACCUUGCUUGUGGAAGUUACGGAGCCUCCAGGUGUUCUCCACAAAGGUUUUUCGAAUACAUGGGCGAUGAUGUGAAUAAUCCUUUCGUUCCUUUUCGCCUGGACUACCAACUUAGCAAUGAUAGUAAUGCUAUGAAUCCGCCUUUUAAACCAUGUAGUGAAUCCGCUGAGGGUUUUCCUGCCUGUAGUUGCGUCGAUUGUGAAGCAACUUGCGCAGCAGGAAAUAUUCCUCCGGGCGAGGAAGAAAUUUGGAAAAUUUUUGAUAUUAGCGCUGUUGCUCUUUUUUUAGCGGUUGGUUUGGGAAUUUCUGGAACUGUAGUCACAAUCAUAUUGUCUUGUUACUCUAGAAAUCACGACCAAGCAAAAGCUGAUGGAUGCUGGUUGGGUUGCAAUAUUGGACAAAAGAUGUUGGACGGAAUGGAGAGUUUUUUUACAUGGUGGGGUACAGGUUGCGCUAAACACCCUGUCCUGGUAUUGUUUAUCAUUUCCUGGAUUCUUGCCCUCUUAGCUCAUGGUGCAAUGUAUUUAGACAUAACAGUAGAUCCAGUAGAAAUAUGGGCAGCUCCUGAUAGCCAAGCCAGAUUGGAAAAGAACUAUUUUGAUGAACACUUUGGACCAUUUUAUAGAACUGAACAAAUUUUUAUCAAAGCUAAAGGAUUAAAAGAGAUAAAACAUAGGAAGGCUGAUGAAACCUUAAUAUUUGGACCAGCUUUCAAUAAAACAUUUUUACUAGAAGUAAUUAAACUUCAAGAAGCUAUACAAAAGAUUGGUAUGGAUUAUGGCAAAGGUCUAGACAAAAUCUGUUUUGCACCAUUGGCAACUUCAAAUUCUGAACCAAAUAUUGAUUUAUGUACUGUUCAAAGUUUUUUCGGCUAUUUUCAACAUGACAUGGAUAAAUUCAAUAGAUCUUUUGAAGACCAAAAUGGAAUUGUUACUAAUUAUUUGGAUCAUCUAUAUACGUGCAUGUUCAAUGCAUACAAUCCUGAAUGUUUAGCACCUUAUGGGGGUCCAAUAGAACAAGGUGUAGCUUUUGGAGGUGUCUUUGCAGGUAAAAAUAAAACUGAAAAGCCUGAUUAUUCGAAAGCUACUGGUAUGGUGCUUACUUUUCUGGUGAGGAACCAUUUGAGCAAAAAGGAUCAGGAACCAGCACGUCUUUGGGAAAAAAGAUUUAUAAAAUUUAUGAAAAAUUAUACGGAACAUGCUCCAGAAUUUAUGGAGUUAGGGUUUUCUAGCGAAAGAAGUAUUGAAGACGAGUUGGAGGCAAUAUCCAAAGCAGAAGUAUUAACCAUGGUGAUAUCUUAUUUGGUUAUGUUUGUGUACAUUGCUUUGGCUUUGGGUAAAAUCAGAUCGUUCAAGACUUUAAUGUUGGAUAGUAAAAUAACAGUCGGCGUCGGUGGCAUCUUGUUAGUAUUGGCAUCAGUAAUUGGCAGUUUGGGCGUUUUUAGUUACUUAAAAGUGCCCAGUACUCUUUUGACUAUUGAGGUCAUCCCGUUUUUGGUUUUGGCUGUCGGGGUGGACAAUAUUUUUAUUCUGGUACAAACGCACCAACGGUUACCAGUAAUAAAGAGUGAGUCGUCCGCAGAACGAAUUGGUCGUGCCUUGGGAGAAGUUGGACCUUCAAUUUUGUUGACAUCAACUUCAGAAUGUUGCUGCUUUGCUAUAGGUUCAAUAUCUGAUAUGCCAGCUGUGAAAACAUUUGCUAUGUAUGCAGCAGUUUCUUUACUGAUCGACUUUUUGCUUCAAAUUACUGCUUUUAUUGCACUCAUGGCUUUGGACGAUCGCAGAUACCAAGGCAAAAGAUUCGACGUGCUAUGUUGUUUAAAAAGCAACGUUUGUGAUGAAUUGGAAACUUCUAAGGGACUUUUGUACAAUUUUGUAGAAAAGUACUACGCGCCUACUAUCAUGACAAAGUGGAUGAGACCAACAGUAAUAAUAGUAUUCUUAAUCUGGUUGUGUUCGAGCAUUGCAGUCAUUUCUUCUAUAGAGGUUGGCUUAGACCAGGAACAAUCUUUGGCUGAAAUUGUUUUAUGUAGAACUUAUUUGGCAAGAUCACCAUCUUCCUGGUUAGAUGACUACCUAGAUUGGAAAAUCACGGAUUGUUGUAAAGAAUUUCCAAACAACCAAUCGUUUUGUCCUCAUAAUGAUUUCGAAUCAGGUUGUGAGGAGUGUAUAUUUGAAGACAGUGAUUCUAGGCCAACACCAGAAGAAUUUGGUAAAUAUUUAACAUAUUUCUUGCAAGAUAUUCCUGACGAAAGAUGUUCAAAGGCUGGUCAUGCUGCCUAUGCAGAGGCUGUUAAUUACAAAGUAGAUGACAACGGUUUGGCUGUUGUGCUGGAUACAUAUCUCAUGGGAUACCAUACUCCUCUAACAACUUCUAAAGAUUACUAUUCAGCAUUAAGGCUUGCCAGAAACUUAGCUGAAGAUAUUAGAGCCAGUAAUAAAAAGAAUGGUGCAUUUGAUAUAUUUCCUUACAGCGUCUUCUACGUAUUUUACGAACAAUACCUGACAAUCUGGUACGACACUUUGAUUUCCCUGCUCUAUUCUCAAGCUGCAGUAUUCCUGGUAACAUUUUUCAUUACUGGUCUGGAUUUGCACAGUGCUUGUGUAGUUUCUUUCACUGUACUACUAAUUGUCGCCAAUAUGGGCGGCAUGAUGUACUUUUGGAGUAUCACACUCAAUGCUGUGUCGCUGGUUAAUUUAGUUGUAGCUGUCGGUAUUGGCGUAGAAUUUUGUUCUCACAUUGUCCACGCUUUCAAAAAAAGCAAAGGAGUCACAAAACUCCAACGAGCGCAUGAAUCUCUGGCAGGAAUGGGAUCAUCAGUUUUGGCAGGGAUUACUUUGACAAAGUUUGCAGGAAUUGCUGUGUUGUUCUUUGCCAAAAGUCAAAUAUUCCAGGUGUUUUACUUCCGCAUGUACCUGGGCAUUGUAGUUAUUGGUGCUUUACAUGGUUUGGUCUUUUUACCUGUUUUACUAAGCUAUAUAGGACCAAUGGCCAAAAACUAUCCAAGACUAAUAGAAGUCAUCUAAGUUUGAAUUAUUAAUUUAUUUAAUAAUAACAAUAUUUGUAUAU